GCCGGCGUGGCGGUUGGGCGACGGCGUUUUCCGGGCGCCCUCUAGCGCCCCGUUUCCUCUCGGUUCCACUUGGGGGUCGCUGAGCGUUUGGUGCGCGCUGGCUCCGCUUUGUAGCGCUCUUAAGCAUUUCCCGCGCCGUCGCCUCUGUGUGGCCAGGACCCGCGAAACCUUUCGGGGGAGGCCGUUUACCCCCCUGGUAUCUCUGUAUUCUGCGCGUGUUGAGACGUCUCGAGCCAACAGUUGAAGCACAAACUCGGUGAAUCGUCUAAUGUCCCGUAGGUUAAAUGCAUUUAUGGAUAAAGAAAAACUGGAUGAUAAGAUAACUGAAUCCUGUGAAAGUACAAUGGAUUCUUCAGUAGGAAACAACAUAUAUGUAAACAAAAUGUGGGUUCAAUGUGAAAAUGAAAGUUGUUUGAAAUGGAGAUUAUUGUCAAGUGAGGAUGCAGCCAAAGUUGAUCACAAUGAACCAUGGUACUGCUUUAUGAACACUGAUUCAAGAUACAAUAAGUGCUCUAUUUCUGAAGAAGACUUUCCUGAAGAGUCUCAACUUUAUCAGAGUGGAUUUAAGAUUGUCUAUUCACAGCUCCCUCUUGGUAGCCUGGUUUUGGUAAAACUGCAGAACUGGCCAAGUUGGCCAGGGAUACUUUGCCCUGAUCCUUUUAAAGGGACAUAUGUGAUCUAUGACCUGGAUGGAAAUGUUGAACAGUAUCACAUAGAAUUCCUGGGUGAUCCUCACUCCAGAUCAUGGAUAAAUGCAACAUUCGUUGGGCAUUAUACUAUCACAUUAAAGCCAGGAGAAUGUAAGAACAAAAAGAAGUGGUACAGAAGUGCACUACAAGAAGCCUACCUGCUCUAUGGAUAUUCUCAUGAGCAAAGACUGGAAAUGUGCUGCCUGUCCAAACAGGAUAAAUCCAAAACAGAUGCCAAAGUUGCUGUGGUAGCCAAGAAAAGGGUGCAAGUUUCAAAAAAUAAAAUUGAGAAGAAAAAGCCCAAAUUUAGAAAACAGAAAAGGAAAGGAAAUUUAAAAUGCUCUUUGGAAAAUGUUUGCUCAGAUGAUGCCUUAUCAAAGGAAAACAUGGUUGUUUCUGAGACAGAAGUUUUACUAAAGGAGCUGGAGCAAAUGCUACAGCAAGCAUUAGAACCCACAGCGACACCUGAUGAGUCUGAAGAAGAUCGUGGAGAGGAAAUAAACAGAGGAGAAAAGUUAUCUAAAUGCAGCCCUGAAGCUUCUGCAGACGGUCCAUUUGAAAACUACUAUGAAGAGGACUAUCUUAUAAUUGAUGGGAUAAAAUUAAAAGCUGGAGAAUGUAUUGAGAAUAUAACAAACAAGUUUAAAGAAAUAGAUGCUUUAAUGUCUGAAUUUUAGAGCCUUAUAUAUAUUUUCAAAAGUGAAUU